UUAUCCAGAAAAUAGAUGGCUCUAAAACUGUUGGUCGUCUUCAAAUUUCCUAAAACCCCAGGCACUAAAAUGCAAUUUCCAGAAAAACUAACAAACAGAAAGUUGCAGAUUUCUGAUUUGGUUAUCAUAAAAAUACUUGGUUUAGCAAUGGCAGGGACAUCCUCUUACAUGGCUUCUACUAAGUUCUCCAUGUUGGGUUGGGUUGGGGGCAAAAGAAAACUAAAUAAAAAAAAGGUGCUUUCCAUUUCAGCUCAACAGCAAGCUGAAGUCCAAGAAACACAGCAAGUGAAUGAGCAAAAGGAAGGUGAAAAACAGAACGUGAAGCAACCGACACAGCCAAGACCAGUGGAACCACAAGUGAAUGUGAAGAGCAAGAACAUGAGCAGAGAAUAUGGAGGGCAAUGGCUUAGCUGCGUCACACGCCAUGUGAGGAUAUAUGCAGCCUACAUCGACCCUGAAACUUGGGAAUUUGAUCAAACUCAAAUGGAUAAGCUCACCCUUCUUCUUGAUCCUACAAAUGAGUUUGUGUGGACGGAUGAGACUUGUCACAAGGUCUACUCUUACUUCCAAGAGCUUGUGGAUCACUAUGAGGGUGCCCCAUUGACGGAAUACACACUUCGACUGAUUGGUUCAGACAUAGAGCAUUACAUCAGAAAGCUGUUAUAUGAUGGGGAAAUCAAAUAUAACAUGAAUGCAAAAGUAUUGAACUUCAGCAUGGGGAAGCCACGGAUUCUGUUUAAUAAUGAUGGCCAGCUUCAAGAUGGACAAUAAGAUUUAAAUGGAGCAACUAGACAAAAUAUAGACAGGUUUUGGGUUGUGAGUUGUGACAUGAUCUGAUUAAAUACAGUUUCUCUA